UUUUUUUUUUUUUUAAUUUGGUUGGACUGUGUUGAUGAAUUUAGCUUGAAAGUUCAACUUUAGGAAAUAUAAAGUUGAAAUAUUUUGUGGGGUUUUGUUUUAUGUAAUUAUGAAGUUGAUUGUUAAUGUAAAAAUUGGAUUUUUUGUGUAUCUGAGUUUUGGAUUAUGAAGGGUGGAUGAUUUAACAAAUAUGUGAAGAGGAAAUGAAAUUUUCAAGAAUAGAAUGGGGAAAGAAAUUUUGUUUUGGUUCAUUUAGUUGAUUUUGUUGUUUAUUUUUAUGUUUUUUUGUUUUUUAUACUGUUAUCUUUCAUGAGCCGAUGGUCUAUCGGAAACAACCUCUUUACUUCAUUUAAGCUAGUGGUAUGGAUUGCGUACACAGACCCCACUUUGUGGGAAUACACUGGGUAUAUUGCUGUUGGUUCAUUUAGUUGAUUUUAUGUGUUACUUGAGCGGAGGGUAUUGCAGGAACAUCCGUUCUACCUCCAUGAGGUAGGGGUAAGAUAUUUAUACCUGCAAGGCAUAGGCCAAGUCAGAUAUCAUGGCAAGGAUAAAACCACAAGCUCUUUUGCUGCAAAGCAAAAAGAAGAAGGUGCCAAGUCGAGUUAGUGUUCCUACGAUUAUGCUAUAUGGCUUAAUUGUUGCUGUAAUGGUGUUUUUCCUGUUUGCUACUUACAAACACUGGUCUCGAAGGUCGAUGAUUCAGACACAGGAUGACUUGUCAAACACUGAGGGUGAAAAUCGUUUUACUGAGCAUAAGAAAUCUGAUGUCGAUGGCCCAAAAUAUGCUUUCAUAACCACAUCAAAAGGAUUGAUAACUGUGGAACUCUACAAGGAUGGUUCUCCUGACAUUGUUGGCGAGUUUGUUGAUUUCUGUCAGAAGGGCCACUUCAAAGGGAUGCAAUUUAGUCGUGUAAUAAAGCACUUUGUCAUACAUGGUAGUAAAGUUGAUAAACCCGAUGCUACAGAAGAUUGGACUUCGAGGGGAAAGCAUUACAGUCGACUAGACACGAGCCUGAAGCAUGAAGCAUUUAUGCUCGGUACUUCGAAAACAAAAAAUGAAGGUGGAGGAUUUGAUCUGUUUAUAACGACUGCACCAAUCCCAGAUCUGAAUGACAAGAUCAAUGUUUUUGGGCGUGUAAUAAAGGGAGAGGAUAUCGUGCAGGAAAUUGAAGAAGUAGAUACAGAUGACCAUUAUCGACCCAAAACUCCUGUUCAGAUCAACGAAGUGACUCUGAAAUACAACACUUGAAGGCAGCAGUGUCCAUAACAUGAAGUUUCUUUUAACAUCAUUGAACAUCCACAGCGCGAACAUAUACUCGCGAUAUAGGUUGGAAACCAUCAUUUGCUGAUUUUAAAUCCUCGGUAUGAACUCGCCAUUGAUGCUUCUGAUGUAAAAAUCUGGAUAUGAUGUUCCAUUUGUAUAAUUUGAUUUUCUUGGUUUCUUCCCAAAUUUUCCCUUUAGAUAGAUGUUUAGCAGCUCUAUGUUGUUAAUGUGCAGAGAACAACAGAUUGAAUGAGUUUUAUAUUAUCACAUUUUGUUUCACUUUGCUUGAGAAAACUGUUUUCUUUAUCUUGAAUGAAUAAAAAGAUUGUUGUA